AUGUAGAGGUGUAACCAUUAAUUAAUAAUCUUGCUUGUUUUCAAUUCGAAAAUGGUGAGUCUCAAUCUAGUAUUUGGGGUUAUAUUUGUAAUGAAGUACAUGAUUGUAAAUGGAUGGAUUUAUGGGAUGGCAAAUGGGUUGAGCAUGAACUACUACCUCAUGACAUGCCCAACUGCUGAUAUUAUCAUAAGGAAUGCUGUCCAAACAGCUCUCCAAUCUGAUCCUACUUUUGCUGCUGCCCUUGUUAGGAUGCAUUUCCAUGACUGCUUUGUACAGGGGUGUGAUGGAUCAGUACUGAUCGAUUCGACAAAGAGCAACACGGCAGAGAAAGACUCACCCGCGAAUUUAAGCCUGAGAGGGUACGAAAUAAUCGAUGCCGCUAAAGAAGAAUUGGAGAAACAAUGCCCUGGUGUUGUUUCUUGUGCUGAUAUUGUUGCCAUGGCUGCAAGAGAUGCUGUUUUCCUGGCUAGUGGUCCAUUUUAUGAGAUUCCUAAAGGAAGAAGAGAUGGAACAAGAUCAAAGAUAGAAGACACCAUCAAUCUACCCUCACCAACCUUAAACUCUUCCCAACUUAUCACCUUCUUCGGCAACCGUGGCUUCACUGCCCAGGAUAUGGUUGCUUUAUCAGGAGGGCACACGCUGGGUGUGGCAAAAUGUUCGUCUUUCAAGUCCCGGCUGGAUGCAGCGGACCCCACUAUUGAGACUUCCUUCGCCAAGACCCUGUCCAAGACGUGCGCCACUGGGGAUGACGCGGAGCAGCCCUUUGAUUCGACCAGAAACACCUUUGACACUGACUACUUCAGCGCCCUGCAGAGGCGGGCAGGAGUCCUCUUCUCUGACCAGACGCUGUUUGAAUCUGCAGCAACUCGAGGACUCGUGAAUAAGUACGCCUUCAACCGAGCCUUGUUUAACAUGGAUUUCCAGCGAGCCAUGAUUAAAAUGGGACAGUUAGAUGUCAAGGAAGGUUCCGAGGGAGAGAUCAGAAGUAACUGUCGCAUCAUCAAUUAAAUUCAUCUAUAUAUUCGACCAAACAAGAACAUCUUAGUUUCCUCCUAUGUUCUGUGCAAUGUAAUGCAUAUGUAUCUAUAGUCAAGAUUACAGGUUUCUAGCUUUC